AUGAAUGAUGCUAAUACUUGUGAGGUUAUUUUAUGGUCUGAACAAGCAGCAAAAACAAUGAAACCUCUCUUUCAUAUAUGUAUUAUAGCAACGAUCAUUCAUGCUCUUUUUUGGAUCCAAAUAAUUGUAUAUCCAACAGUUCCUCGAUGGUCAAUACAAUGGCUAUAUGCUUAUUUAACCACUGAUAUAUUAUUAUUAGUUCGAUUCUUUUUGCUCUAUAUUUAUCGUUGGUGGCCAAUAUGUGUACCAAUUCUUUUUCAUACAAUAAUUUGUUAUUGUGAAGCUAUCUUUGAUAAUUAUCUAAAUCUUUUACAGAGUUAUAUUCUUUUAGCAUUGAAUAUCUGUCGAUACUUACAGAUUGCUCAUAAUCAUAAUGUUUACUCUUCAAAUCGUCAUACAAUUAUUAUUGUUCAUUUUCUUAUUUAUUUUUUACCAUUAUUCAGUCAUAUAAUAGCAAUUAAAUUUGGUUGGACAAUUCUUCAAAAUCCACCAGGUGAUGCAUGUGAUUUAUUGCCUAUUUCAUUUGCGAUGAAGAUUAUAUUUCUUCUCUUAUCUUAUUUCAUACCGGUUAUGCUUACAUUGGUUUUUCUUUCACUCAGUCUUAAUUAUGUUCGUAAUACAGAUGGUAUCCGAACACAACAAAUAGUCGAUGCGCGACAAAAAUAUCACCGUCAAUUAGUGAUACAAUCAAGUGUAUUUUAUUCACUUUGGAUUAUAUUAUGGUCACCACAUAUUCUUGUAUUUCCAUUCUAUUACAAGAAUAGUACAAUUGGUGCUAUUGCACAAAAAUUAAAUUAUAUUAGCAUAACUCUUGAUCCAAUAAUAAUAGCUGCACUUGAUGUAAGGUUUCUACAAGGAUGGCGAUUGACAGGUAAUUAUUUAAAAAAAUAUAUAAGACGACGACAAUCGAUACGAGUUCCGGUGAUACUAUCUAUGAAUUAUCUCGAUUGUGCCACUGAAGCAAAUCAUGAAAAUAAAUAA